AUGACACUAGUGUCAAUUAUUCAUCUAGAGAUAUAUCUUAAACUAACCAAACACAGCAGACAUUUUAGCUUGAAAGUCAAUAAAGAUCAAACAAUAUGGAUGAAGAGAUUCAAGCCAAAUUAGAAUCAAAAGUCUACCAAAUUAAAAGUCUAAUCAAAAUAAUAUUAAGGUCAAAUUUAAAGAAGGGUCAUUCCUUUCGAUGCAUGGUAUUGGGAUAAAGAAUUAGCUCAUAGACUCUUUAAUUUUCACGAGGGCUUUAAGACCUAGAAAAAGAAUGGAGUCAUCAUUGGUACUAGCGUUUUAACAAAUCAUGACUAAUUAGAUGUCUCAAUCAGAAGAACUUCAUAGCAUCAGGACAAACCAUAUUUAUCAUAUAUGGGAGAAACCAACGCUGAGUUAGAGUUAUUUAAGUCAAACAGACUCCUUAAUAUCAUUUAUCAUGACAAGCAGUACUACGUUGCUGAGUAGCCUCAAAAGCCAGUGGAAAAAACAGAAGCCUAUGACUGUAACAUAUGGCUGAUGCCCCGAUACAUGCCAAAAGUAAUUUUAGUAUUUAAAUUUUAGAGAGAAAUAGAAAUCAGUGAGGGUGACAUCAUCAGAAUGGGAAGGAUACCUUUUAAGAUCACUAAACUAGUACUGACACCUCCUAAAGAAUAUGAUUCCAGUUUAAUAACUUUGCAAGAUCAAAGUGACUUCACCAAUAUGACAGUUGUGAAUCAAAGUAAUGACAUUGACCAUUCUCAAGAUCAAAUGAUAAGCCAACCUGAUUUCAGUGAUGUCUAAAGUAUUGGUUAAAAUAGCUCUGCAAGUAAUCUCUAAGAUCAAAGAGGACAUCUACCAAAAAUUAGAUUCACAAAGUACCAUAGUUUAGUAUAAUUUAUUAGAGGAGGAGUGAAUUCAAGCCAAGACAGAAGACUAGGUGGAGUGAGAGAAAGCUUCUAAAAACUUGAAUCUGGUAAAGCUUGCAGGAUAUGCUUGGAUGAGAUAGAUACAAUGGAAAAUCCACUGAUCACUCCUUGUAAAUGCUCAGGCUUGAUUCCAAAAGAAUUCAGUAAAAACUAGAUGGAGUUUAUUCAUACUACUGGGAGGAACUGGCAUGCGAGCUAUGUAAAGAGGCUCUCUAGCUUAGUAAGAUUAUGUGUACUUAAUAAUUACUUAGAUAAUAUAAGUCUCAAGAAUAAGACUAAGAAAAUAUACUUACUUAACUACAAGCAACCUAAGAACAAAAAAUUCAUGGUGUUAGAUUCUGAUAUUGAUUGUCUUUCAAAAGCUAUCCAUGUCAUUGUCUUUUCUAGGAAGAAUGAUUUCUAUAUUGGAAGAAGAGUCAAUAAUGAUAUUACAAUUUCUGAUAUUAGUGUUUCCAGAUCAUAAUCAGCUAUUAAAUUAAGAGAUAAUAAAGUUUAUAUCAGUGAUUGUGACUCUAAAUUUGGAACAUUUGUUAAAAUACAGCAGCCAAUGUAAGUGCCAGCAAAUUAUACUUUGCCAGUGUAAACUGAGAGAAAAUGUUAUUUUAUGAGACUUGAAAAUAGAUUUACUUGUAUUCAAUCCUGCCUAAUGAGCUGCAGACUGUUGAAUCCUAUUGAGACUCAUGAUCAUUUUAAGGAAGUUUACAAUAAAUUUUCAAAAGAACUUUAGGAUUUCUUUUUAAAGAAUGAACAUAGCUAUGCCUACAAUUCCCCGAGAUAAAAAGACUUUCAAGGCAAUAAAAAACUAAUUGAUGACACCAUUUUAUCCUUUCAAACUGAGAUAAGAAUAAAUAAUUAGCAAAAUUCUGGUAUGGUAAAUAAAAGCGUGACGAGCCAUGUAAUUGAUCAUCAGAAUUCAGAGGUCCAUCCUUUUUCACAGCAGUCAUCUCGAAUUAAUAACAAUCCAGUUAGUGAAUAUUACGAUAAUGAACUUGGAAAUUAAUACAGUAAUAGAAGUCCUUUUAGCCAAAUUAAUAAAAGAUAUGGUGAUCGAAAGCUUCCCCCCAUUAAUAAGAAUCAUCAUCAUCAAAUGAGUAAUCAGCUAUACACAAACAAUGCUUUUGAGGAGGUAAAGAAGGGGCAUAGAAAAUCUCAGUUUAGUACAAAUAUCAACAAUCAAAACAGUCUUGAUGAAAGCAGCUCAAUAUCUCAGUCAGAGCAGAGUUAUUCUAAAAACUUGAAAAAGCUAAAGACCUAAGUAACAGAGUCAAACAAAAUAUUAAUGAAUAAACCGACUAAUGAGCAGGAAAGCAAUAUACAGGAAUUCAAUAGUAGUAUUAAAAAUAAGAAUAUGUUCACUGAAAAUGAAAAGGACUUUCACAACAGUUUCUAAAUGCAAAACAGUGAAGACUCGGGAAGCUAUGAUGAAGAGAUUGAAGAAAAUGAUCAAGAAGAUGAAGCUGAUGAUGAAAAUGAGGAAUAGAUUCAUCCAGAUAGCAAGGAAAGCUUGCAUCAAAUAAACAAUAAUAUUCUUUCUGAUGAUGAGGAGAUCUUAAAACUAAGAGAAAAAAUGAAUCAAAUGCUUUAGGAAUCGGUGUCUGAGUCUGAUAAUAUCACAAAGGUUAUAGAGAUACAAGAUUAAAUGAUAGGUCAAUUUGAAGAUGCUCCUUUUGAAAGAGUUCAGAAAUUUAGAUGA